AUGGUCGUCUUCCGUCUUCCAAAUAUCCUGUGUAGGAACAAAAGACCACAGACAACAGCUACUGUUUCAACUCCUCCCGCUCAAAUGCCAGACGGUGACAGCCUGCUGCAAGGGAGUCAUCAAGAUAAAUCACCCUGUCCUCCCCAUCCAAAUGACCAGAAACAGUCCUGGACAUUCAGAUAUCUCUCUUCCGCUUUGUCUGGAAGUGUUGGAUGGACUGUACCUGCUAUCGAUCUAUCUAUCUCCUCUAUGCUCAUCGCGAAGCCUGCAAAUGAUACCAGCAACAACGUAUGCAGACUUCCACCCUCAGUAAAGAGACAACUCUUCGAUUCAACCAUCAAGACCCCUACAAGAAACACAGACAUACCUCUCCCAACCAUAAUCCACCCCAACACUCCCUUAUCUCCUUCGUCGUCUUCACUGUCAUCAUUCUCCACCUCCCCAACACGAACCAAACCAUGCUCCACCCGCUCCACCCGCCGCCCAACGCAACUAAAACCAAUUCUCAAAACAGCAAUCUCAGAAAACCUCCCACACACCAACCGCCACACCUCCCAAUCAGACACCCAAGCCAACACAUCUAGGAACGUCUUCUUGACGCUGAACGAUGUUUCCAACUUGGAUGAGACGGUCCCACCCCGGCACUUUUCCACCAGUCAAUCGCCCUCCACUCACAUGAGCCGCCAUUCAUUGUCAUUCACCUCGUCACGCUCGCUGGUAUCUCUAGAUGAUCCCGAUCAGAUCACCGAGACAACCGUUGAGCAUCCUUUUGGUAAUCAAGAGGCCAAAGUUGAGAAAGCGCAAAGAGGGGUGAUGGACAAGAAGCGCGCAAGCAGUUGCGGCGGGGGGCCUGGUGAAAGUGUUGGUAUGGGUAGGGAGAUCGGGGCAAGUGGGGCAUCAGAUUCCUGCACCACCAACCGGAAAGCAAAGAAGAUGAAGCAAAAGAUGGUGCGGUUUGAUCAUGUUGAUGUUCAUCCGUAUGAGGUUGAGCGAAGUGGGGAAUCUUGCUUGAGCUUCUACAACGAGCAGUUUGUGGUUCCUAAGCUUGAUCUAGAUCUUGACCUAAAGGAGUAUGUGGUUGAUAUUCCGGAUAUAAUUGAGAGGUGA